GCGGUCACCAUGGCGACCUCUAACUCCAGACCAAAGUUCAGCCGCUGUAAAUCUUUAUGACCACACUCAUAGUCCAAUGUUCCUUGGGGCAUUUUGUCCCUUGAAGAGCUAGCUUUUAUAUUUUACAAGAACCUUUCAUUCGGACUCCUUUUCUAAAUACUGGAGUCCAGAUGAUAAGGUCCAAACAUAGUACAAAAAAUCGUUGCUUUCUUUGUUAACCACAGGACCCCUACUUUCCUGAGAAGAUGCCAACGACAAAGAAAACACUGAUGUUCUUAUCGAGCUUUUUCACAAGCUUUGGGGCGUUCAUCGUCGUCUGCUCUAUGCUUGGGACCCAAGAAUGGGUCAGCAGCAUAAUUGCCAUCAGUGACUCUUCUUCAAACGGUAGUCUUGUUAUCGUCUAUGGACUCUUCCGUGGUAACAGCCGUCAGGAAUUCAGUCAUGGACUUGAGGAAUCAAAGAAGGACUUUGGAGUUUUAGAGAAAUUGAACAAUUCUUCCCAAAGAACGCUGCAUUUGGUGGUUAUCCUGUUCCUGGUCCUCAGCCUGUGCACUUUGCUGCUCAGCUCUGGGCUCACCUUCUACAACAGCAUCAGCAACCCCUAUCAGACGUGUUUGGGGCCAGUGGGCGUGUACACCGGGAGCGGACUUGGUGCCUUCUUCAUUUUCAUGAGCAUGAUACUGUUUGUGGGGAACACACAAUCCAACCAUCUCUCGGAAGACCUGGCCCAGACGCUGUACCAGCCGUAUCCAGCAGCUGCCUACGGAGGAACGACCCACAGCUAUGGUUACUCAUUUUGGCUAACGCUGCUUGUCAUUCUUCUAAGUAUUAUCACUGUGGUCAUCAUUGUUUUCUACCAGAAGGCCAGAUACCAGCAAAAGCAGGAGCAGAGAAGGCCCAUGGAAUAUGCUCCAAGAGAUGGAAUUUUAUUCUGAAUUCGGUUAUGUUAUUUUGUUACUAGGUCUAUUCUAUUGUACAUCAGCUCCUGAGCAGUGACUGGCUCACUUGUCUGGACAAUCAGCAAAGUUAAGUGUGGCUCUGGUUGACGGUCAUUUUGUGAUAGUUUUGUAUCUCAUGACACUCCAUGAAUGAUGUCACAUCACAAAGGGUUCUUUCCACUAAGGUGAGGAAGAUGAAGGGGAAAUCUCUCACAGUGUUCAAAGCGGUAGAAUGAUUACUAGACUAUGGACCCUCCUGACCUGGUCUCACUCUCUAAGACAAUAAAGGUUCGUGGUAU